CCGUCGUCGAGCCGCCUACAGUUGUAGUCGGUGCACCACUCUGCGAGUACACGACACUCCGCACUCCGCGCGCGGCGGACACCCCGCGUGAAUACCCACCGGUACUCGAUACCAGCGGACGUACCGUCCGCGGAACCGGUGCCCGGGACAACUUUUCAUUUUGACUCGGUGCAGCGGGCGAAACGCGCCCCGCGAUCACCCCCGCGAGUACUCGUUCGGCGGGCCCGGGUGUAUCCGGGUACUCGAGUCUCUGCCGGGUAAGAGAGAGUCCGCGACGAGGUCCACCUGGCACUGAGCUGCCUACGCGUAUUUUCUACGUGCGAUCGUAGUGCGGACACUUUGCGCGACAGACGUGUCGAGUACGCGUACUCGGUAAUAGGACACUCGAGUUUUUUCUCCUUUGACGGUACUGACAGAGACAGACGCGUUGUCUUUCGUCGAGAAUCUCUCAUUUUAAAGACGCGCCUGGUGUACUCAUUGAUGAGUAAUUCGGAUGUCGACGGGAUCGAGAGAUCCACAAUUGCAUCGUUUGAAAUUCGCAUUCUGCUGUUUGAACUGCGGAACGUCUAGUGCUGAAGAUCCUCUGCGAAUAUUAGCAUUUAUUACCUGAGAAAACGAAUAUUUCAAUUUGAAGAGCAGUAAAAAGUCUUCACUUUUUAAACGAAAUCGAGGAGAGAGGAGAUACUUUCCGAGAUCAGAAAAAUACAACGUGACAGGACGCGAUGCAUAUAUUAAGAAGUGUAGAGGCUACGAAGCGGAUUAAGACGCAGUGUUAAUCAUAUUGAUGAAUUUAUGAUGCGCCAAUCGUCUGACAAGCAGCCACCAAAGGUCCUUCGCGUGCCGACGGUGAUCUCGUCCACGAGAUCGGCGAUCGAUUGCCGGAGAGCCGACCGAUCGGCGGAGUCGAGCACCUGACAGGUCUUCAGGUAGCGAACCGGAUAGAGAUCCAAGUCACUGAGGAAGGCGGACAGCCAGAGAACGCUCGUAUCUCUCGUCAAGAGGGGGACGCCCUUACAUGCGCCGUCGUCGCGCCGUCGUCGCGAGUACAAAUCGCACGCGAGCAAACGCCUCGGCGGCAGUACACGUGCGCUACGACGUGCGGCGUACGACGUCGCGACGGCCGACGCUUCCGUCCCGUCGUCGCCACAGCUCGUCGCACCGCAACCGCAGCGAUAAAUGUGCCGGCGUUACCGCGGAUGACGUCCCGGCCAUUCUCCAAAAUGAUGAUCACCUGGAUCACCCUGCUGGCCCUCGGCACCGCAUGUCGCGGUGGUUCCGUACCCGAUGAAUCCGUCGAGACGACUACGAUAGGAGGCAUCGGAAAUGUGUCGGAGUCGACCGUCGUUGCCGAAGCGGAGGGGCACUCCAUGGACGACAUAAUGCCGGGAACGAAACCAACGCCAAUCGCCGUGGUGUUCGUCGAUAUCCCGGAGCACACGGAAACGACACUGGGCUCGUCCGUGCUGCUGGCAUGCCGGACUGCUAAUCCUGUGGCCGAGUGCCAGUGGUCCUGGCAGCCGCUGCCACCGGUUCACUUGCCGCUUCCGGACGUCAGUGAAAGCCUAUCGGUUUCUACGACCACGACGAACCCGACGAUCGCGACUACGGCAACUCCCACGACCCACCCGUUGCCCGUACGACAGUUUCCCGCGUUCGGGAACAACAGCAACGAUUGCUCCGUGAGAUUCUCCAGCACCAAGCACGAGCAGACAGGAUACUGGACCUGCGCGGCGAGAGCCUCGACGAGCGAUCCUUUCACCAGCAGCGAGCCUGCCAAGCUCAGCAUCGUCAAUGCUAACGAUGUCCUCAUCACGUUCAGGGAGCACGAUAAUGUCGUUGAGGUGCCGGCGGGGUCCUCGGCGCAGAUAAUAUGUCAGAGCAAGUUGCCGGUGCGCGAAUGCCAGUGGUCCUGGCGGCAGCUGAACCAGUCGCAGCCCUGGAACCUCGACGUGAAGUCAUUUCCAGCUUUUGGUAACGAUAGCACGGAAUGCAGUAUCAAGUUCAAGAACGUCCUGUCGGAGCAGGAAGGCUACUGGACCUGUGGUGCGCGAAUAGACCCGAAUUCCUCGUUCGCACAGGCAACCCCCGUUCGCUUUCUCAUAUCAGAAGUCGAGUUCGUGCAGUUGUCGCGCGGCGUGCAGGUUGCUGCCGGCGAAUCGGUGUUUCUACGGUGCCUGGCGAACAAGCCGGUGGUACAGUGCGAGUGGUCGUGGAGGGCGUCGAACUCGAGCAAGGAACCGCUGCUGGUGAAGAAGUUCAAUCCAAACAAGGACGCCGAACACGACUGUUCUGUGCGAUUCAAGAACAUACUGUACGAGGAGGAGGGUCUGUGGACCUGCGGGGUACGUUUGACGCCCGACGGUAUCCUGCACACGGCGCCCGCGGCGACUGUCAGCCUCCUGCCCACAGCUAAGGUGAGCUUCGCCGAGGUGCCGGUCGACACGGCGGUGCCGGUAGGCACGGAGGCUACGCUGAAGUGCGUCACCAGCAGCCGCGUGGAAAAAUGCGUGUGGACUUGGAAGCCGUUACACGGCAGCGAUCCGGAGAUCGUCCUCGACGAAUUCGCGAGCAACGGUGAUCUUGGUCGCGACUGCUCGCUCCACCUUUCGCACGUGCACGCGGAGAAACAGGGUCACUGGAGCUGCCAGGUUUCCAUCGUGUCGCUCAACACCGUCCUGACGUCACCGCCCGCGAAACUCGUGGUCUACGAGCAAGAUGAGGUGAAGUUCUCGGAGCUGUCGCAAGACAUCCAGAUCUCAUCCGGCGGCAGCGUUCUGCUGCGCUGCGUGACAUCCUCGGCGGUGGAGCAGUGCCGGUGGUCGCUCACCCCGGUCAACUCCAACACCACCGUGGUGGUGAAGCAGUUCCCGGCGGCCGGGAACGAGGCCCGCGACUGCAGCGUCCGCCUGAGCCACGCUCUCGCCGAGCAGGAGGGUCUCUGGACCUGCGGCGCCAGGAUACACGGCCAAAACUACACGGACGCGCCGCCCGCGAAGCUGAGCCUCCUCGAGCCAGAGCCUGUCACUAUCGCGGUUUGGGCCGCGCCUCACAAAAUGGUCACUCUUGCGUGCAGAGUCGGAUCUGUGUCGUCGGAGGCCAGAUGCCACUGGAUCCACGCCCCAAAAGUUCACGUACAUCAGAACUCCAGCAGGCAGCUUGCAAAGAAAACGAGGCACAGCGUCCAAAUGGAUUAUAACACGGGUAUAUGCAAGCUGAUCUUCAAGCCGGAUCAUUCCGAUUUAGGGCAGUGGACUUGCAGAUUCACCGUCAACAAUAACGAUGACGACAUCGAGAUAGGAAGUGCGUCGCUCGUCCUGCUCAACACUUUAGCAGAUGAGAAACUGGGAUGGAUCGUAGGGACCCUAACGGCCGUGAUCCUGUUCCUCAUGAUAAUAGUCGUGGUGCUGGUCGUCUGCAAGGCGCGAAUAUUUGUCCGCAAGACGCCCGAGGUCUUGGAAACCUUACCUCCCGGCGAAAGGAAGGAGAACGCGAGAUCGUGCACCGAGAAUCAGGGGAAGAUCAAUUUUCAAUUCGUCGAAGACAGCGGCCAUGCCUCGAGCCUCGAGAGUAUCCUGCCUAACAGAAGUCCGCGUGUGGACAAGAAUCAUGGGGCACCGUCCAAGACAUACGAAAAUGUUGGAUUAUAAUACGUAGUUAUCAACUUUCUCUGGGAGAAAAGACAGUUUAGCAACCCAUUUUCGGGCCCACAAUUAGUAAUCGAAUUAUUUGGAUUGUUCGUAACUC